AUGGCCGAGUUCGCGAGUGCAAUUGUCGGUUUGGUAGCGGCAGCGGAGGUUGUCACUCGUUAUGUUUGUCGAUAUGUGAGGCACGUGAAGCAUGCCGAGCACGAGGUGCUCGACCUGCUCACGCGCACCAAUGCCCUAUAUGGAGCACUAAAGAGCUUGCAGCUGUUGGAAGAUGAUAUGAGUCCCGGGAAAGCAAUGGCCAAUAUCGAUGCACGUCAAAUUACUGCCGUUAUGACUACACUGGAAAAGGUCAGGGUCAAGGUCGCCGGUUUCCAGAAUGUAGAAGAAGAGCCAGAAGAGGAGCCUUCACCGCUAAGAAGGCAAAACACUUUCGACCGUCUCAACAACCAGCUCCGCAACGGCAAAAUCAAUACAAGCAAUCGGGAGUCUCAAACCACCGACAAGCCCAGUAUACGAAAGCGAUGGAAAUGGCCAUUCUUGCGAGGCCAGACUCAGGAUCUCGCCAGAGAGGUGGAGGCGCACACCACCACUAUCAGCUUUGCUCUAAGCAUCGAUGGAUUCAAUGUCAUGAUGCAGACCCUGAAUGAGACCAGAUCUAUGCGCACUGCUGUGGACCAAAUCCAGGAGCACAUGGCCAAUGUGGCCCGCGUCCAGCUCGAUGAGAAAGCAGAUAGGGCUUUGUCUGCUGUUGGCCCCUUCAAUACCCGGAACCUUCACCAGGCGAAUCUGCGUCUGCGACAUCCCGGUACGGGCCUCUGGUUCACUGAUGGAGAUGAAUUCCAGCAGUGGCUUACGAAUCCACAAGCGAGGCUGUGGCUGCACGCGAUCCCUGGAGCCGGCAAGAGCAUUCUCACUGCUGGUGCCAUCGAGUAUGCCCUACAGCAAAGCACUCCGACCACAGCCGUCGCCUAUUUCUAUUGCGACUAUCGACAACCCGAUUCGCUCUCCUGCCGCCAAAUUCUGGGAUCAAUUGCUGCACAACUGGCACGGCAGAGUCAGCGGAGCUGUGAUGCCCUUCUUGACUUUGUCGAAAAGCAUGAAGCGUCCGGGCUUCAAGGUGGUCGGCGGCAGGAGCUCGAAUGCGAAGCCGAGGAUCUCGGCGCCCUCAUCAACAACCUAUGCGACCAUUAUACGACCGCCAUGGUAUUUGUCGACGGCGUGGACGAAUGCCCGAGUGAAGAGAGACGUUCGCUGAUCCUCCAUCUAGCCGACAUUGAAUCAGCUAAGCUGAAGAUUUUCAUGAGCUCCAGGGACAUAUACGACAUUAGGGAGCUGGUAGAUGAUGACUUUGAACCGGUUUCUAUCGCAGCGCGGAGUAUGGACCUACGGUUGUUCGUGGCAAGCGAAAUCGAGCAGCGUCUUCACAAGAGGGCCAGAAAGCGUCUUUACCUCACAGACCCUGCGCUCAAAGGCGAAAUCCUAAACACUCUGAUCAGCAAGGCCGACGGAAUGUUUAGGUGGGUGGCGGUUCAGUUGGAUUAUAUUUGUGACAAGCUCUCGGACGCGGAUAUUCGAGAGGCGCUUCUCCAUGCUCCUCCAUCCCUCUUUGGUUCUUAUGAACGAACGUUGCAGGAAGCGACCAAGCUGCCUGAUGAGGUGACUGCUAUCGCUGCAAGGGCGCUCAAGUGGGUCGUUGGACAAGGUAUCAUCGACGCUGCCGCGCUGGAAGAAGCACUCUCGAUUGGCACAACGGCCAAGUCGUCGGGUUCUACCUCAUUUAUUUCCAAGGAGCGCAUUUUGCAGCUCUGUGGCAGUCUCAUCCGCCUAGGACCUGGCAACCUCACCCUCGAGUGCGCCCACUUCUCCGUCAAAGAGUACUUGAUAUCGCUAGCCGACGGCCCAGAGAACUUGCGAUCAUUUGCCCUAGGCGAUGAUAUGCGUCGAGAGUACGCAAUCACGUCUUUGCAGCUGUACGCGUCUGAAGAAUUCAGCAGUCCUUGCCAGACGCUAGGCGCACUUCGCAAACGCCGCGCUCGACAUCCCUUCAUGAAUCUCGCAGCCCGACAGUGGAUCUACUGGUCAGACCUCUCUGCCGAGCAAGAUCUGGAGAUUCUGCAUAAGGUCUUCCAUCCCAAAUCGGUAGGCCAUUUGUACAGUUGGAAUCAGGGGAUGUGGCCAGCCGCGCUUGCAAAAGAAGAUUGCUGGCGAAUCGAAAACGAAGAUGUCACCUCACUACACUAUGCUGCGAUGCUUCGAAUACCUGGACUGUGCUCCUGGCUCCUGGACAGUGGCGAGUGCCAGCAGACUUGUAGUAAAAUGAUCGGCACCCCAGUCCACUGCGCGAUCAUUGGGAUCAGUCUUGUCAAAUCACUGUACGACCACCCCAGUGCCACACCAGUGUCGCAUGUUCCUCGGGCGAACGUUGAUGCAACUUCACGGCUCGGGCAAGUUCUUGAGCUAUUGUCCGCAGAAACGACUUUACUUCAGAGUCAUUUUCCAAAUUUCUCGGACAUCGAAGUCAGUACUCUACGCCUGGCAGCGUUCCACGAUGCGAACCGUGGGGGCAAUUUGGUAUUCAAGCUCCUGUCCGAGGCUGGCGCAAAUUGCGAAAUGGACUGCAUCGAAGCCUUGCGAGAAGUUGUCCUGGCUCCAGAUUGCGUCGAGGUAGCCUCGGACUUGCUUGCCACCGUCAAUACUGCUAACCUCCAAGUUGACCCCUUGAUGUUCUCGGACCUUCUCAGACUUAGCCGAAAAGCUGAAGCCGAGCGGGAAGCGAAAGGCCCAGCUUUGAAACAGACCGAUUCAUACGCAAAUGAGAGAGGCAAAGAGGCAUCCAUGCCUUCCGAGCUACUACAGAUACUCGAAAACGACGAUGUCGAAGAGAUGGUCAGACAACUUAGACUCAAUACAUGGACACUCGAUCACAAAUGGCGCUCCGUUGGCACAGCACUGCACGCUGCUGCUCGAUAUGGUAGUGUGAACGUUGCGAGACUCCUCAUCCAAGAGGGUGCGUCACUCGAAGCUGCGUCCGAUCUGGGUGUCACGCCGGUGCUCGAGGCAAUGGCCUGGGCGGAGAAUGCUGUUGGCCAGUUAUUGGUCGAUGCAGGAGCUGACAUACGGUUUCGCGCGCCAAAUGGUGCCGGCAUCUGGCACGAUGCAGCAGAAGCUACAAGCAGCAGCGCUAUCCAUUUCCUUAGUAAUCUCAAGGACGGAGUCCUGGAUCUACUGGACAGCCCGGAUGACAAUGGCCGGACGCCCCUGAUGUUCGCCGCGUCGUAUGCGACAAGUUCCGAGCAUGACCACCUGGAUAGAGUCACGGCUCUGCUGGAACUCGGGGCAAAUGAAUGGGCAAAGGACAACGACGGUUGGACGGUACUGCAUUAUGCAUCCGAGUCGGGACACGCUAAAACCGUCGAGCUACUGCUUGAACGCAAGCACGACACUACCGCUGUUACCAAAACAGGGGCCUCUGUUCUGUUCCCGUGCAUGUUCACCAGACCCAAUCUCAACGUCUUCAAUGUGCUCUACGAGCGUGGCAGUGAGUUAUUGCUGAAAGAGCCUGACUUGGAGGGGUCUGAGUUCGGGGGCUCGGUGCUCGAUCGGACUCUGCAUGUCCUCAGACAUAACACCAGAGGUAAGGUCUACCUACAAAUCCUUGACAAAGUUGUGGCCGAGGCAACGCCACCGGAAAUGAAGGCUAUCAGUGAUAGCUUGUUCCGCUGGCUUGAUGACCAAGCUCAACGGCCUGGCUUCGCUGGUCUCAAAGAUCUCGCACCUUUAAUCAGUGACAUAUGCUCGGACCCGGAGGAGUACGAUGUCCAGCAAGCACUGAAAGUCGUCAGUGUACUCUUCCGCGAUCUGGAUCUGAACCGCCAUUCAGCGAGAGAAGCCAACACUGCUUUACUGCGCGCCUUCAUCGAGAGCUUGCCGUUGGACGACCUUCGAAAGUACAAGCCCGAUGGCCGUCAAUUAUUGUGUCUCGCCCUGUAUAACAGACAACAUAGCGUUUGCAGUGCCAUCCUGGACAGAUUCGUCGAUGUGACAAGCCGAGACGAUCGCGUCGCCGGGCUUUCAAGCGCGCAGGAGAUGGCCAUCAUGCAUAAUGCCCCUAACGACCUGUUUGAGCGAAUCGUCGUGGAACCUGGACCUUGCAAGGAUAAACAUCCGACUACCGGCGACACUCUCCUCCACAUCGCUGCCCGACGCGCUUCACCUGAACGUGUCAAGUACCUCAUCGAGGCAGGGUUUGGUGUUAAUGAUACCAACGACGAGACUCUCACGCCGAUUCUGGAAGCGUGUUACUCGUCUCUGGUGGAUCGCGUUAAGGUCUAUGACCUGCUACUCUCGGCAGGCGCCGAUCCAACGGUACGGAGUCAUGACGGCUGGACUGUGUCUCAUUUCGGAGCCGACCUUGGACACCUGGGCGUCCUCGAAAGACUGUCGUCGGCCCCUCGCGAAAAUGGCUGGCUGGACACUGUUACGGCCGUGGCAGACAUUCAGGGCGAGACUUCCAGACUGAGGGGCUCAUCUCUGCCUCACCUUGCCGCUCUGGGUGGUAGGCUGGACUGUCUCCAGUACCUCUUGAAGCACAAAGAGCUGUUCAACAUUGAUCAGAAGACGGAAUUGAUACCCCACUGGACGAUCUUGAUGUGUGCCAUAUGGAAAGACCAGCAACACGUCAUCGACUACCUGCUUCAGGAGGGUGCCAGCUGGAAGAUUGGAGGAGGGAGCACGGUCCUGCACUUUGCCGCUCGGAGCGGCAGAGUCGGAGCUGUGCGUAGCCUCCUGAAACACGGCAUGGAGCCUGAUGUGAAGCAGCGGAAUGGGUACACCGCGGCGAUGCUUGCCAGACAGAGAGGACAUGAUGAGCUCGCCGCCGAGCUGGAGGCGAAAGCUAAGCUCAAAGGUACGGUGACGGACCUCUUCUUCUCUGUUUCCGCAGACUCAAGGACUAACGAGACGGCAGAUGUUGAUAGUAACGCGAUGACACUGACACUGGUUGGCGACAGUGAUUUUGCGAUGAAGCAGCGGGAAUUAGGGAUCGCCAUCAACCUAGGUGAUACUGAAAUGUGCCAGAAGUUGCUCGACAAUGGAGCCUCAGCAUCGGCCGACUGGGCGGCAUGCGAUGAGUGCGAUCCCGUCGUCCAUGCAGCGUCAUGUCGGAAUCCAAAUGCUGGACGGGUGCUGCUCAUGUUGCUCAAAGCCGGCGGAAGUCCUACGAGGCGUAGCUGCAUCGUUCACGACGAAACCACGGCUAUUCAAGAAUGUGCGCGAUUCGGAUACUAUACCAGCCUGACUUGGAUCCUCGACCAUUAUCCUGGGCUCCUCUUCCUCGACUAUGGAGUGCAUCCGCUGCACCUCGCCGCGCUGAACAAGCAAAAUGACUGCCUGGAGCUGAUGCUGGAGCGGCGUGAGGAGGCUUGGGCGAGAUUUUCGCGCUCCGGAUGCAAGCUCAGCCUCAGUCCGGUGAACAUCGAGGCCAACGCCAAGGAAACGCUGCCGUAUCGACUUCCCACCAAGGCCGGGAGGAAAUUCAAGAUCAUCCCUUCGGAGGAGUUGCUCGAGGUGGCGGUGGAUGUGGAGAAGCAGCCCAACUAUGUUGUGCUGGAUAAUAAGACCAUGGCAUGGCUUGAGAAAGUCGACUCAAGUCUUCCGCUGCACUGCGCAGCGCGGGUGGCGAACAUCGAGGGCGCGAGGUUGCUGCUCGAAUACGGUGCCAACGUCAAUGCACGCACGCCGAGAGAUGGCUUGACCGCCUUGCUGGUGGCGGCACGGUGUGGCCGGGCUGAUGAAAUGAUCGAUCUUCUGCUGCAGUACGGCGCCACUCUGUAUGGCCGGAUGUAUCGCGGAUCCGUGAUCGACAUGGCCGGUCUGGUGGAGGACAACCCUGAAUGGCUGAUUGCAAAUCAUGACCGGCUCGACAUCCGGUCCAUGGGCCACAGCCUGUAUCGACGGAGUGCUGCGAGUGAGAUUGCGGGAGCCUGUCCACAGCUGCUCAUGCUGAACGAAGCGUUUCGCGAGGCUGUGGUACAUUCUGACAAGGAUGGCAACACGGUCCCUUUCGAGGUUUGGUUCUAUUCCCGGCCAGGCGAGGAGACACUCUUGCUGAACUCCGGGCUGGACCUCUCCUGGAUCGAUCCCGUGCAUGGAAAUCCGGUGCAUCGCUGUACCUGGCGAGACGACGCAUACUCGUUGUUCAGGCGGCUCUUCCGACGCUUUGGCGCCGAGACGACGCGAGCGGUGCUGAAUGCCAAGCCGGUCCAGGCGAACACGCUGCUGUACAACGCGGCGGCCAACAACCAGAUCAAGCUCAUCGAUCUGUUCAUCAAGCAUGGCGCCGAGAUCGAUCUCAAGGGCGGCGACCUCGGGAGCGCCAUCAUGGUGGCGGCGUCAUACAACCGGCUCAACGCGGUCAAGGCUUUGGUGCGCGCUGGUGCCAAGGUGUGGUAUCAGAUGGCGGGAGGCGACGAGCCGACGAGUGUGUUUUCGCAUGCGAAGCAUUACCCCCUGAUGCAGCGCUGGCUGCUCGUGGACAGAUUGACCGAGGUGAAAUGCAUCACCGAGACGGAGCAUGAGUGGCCGGCCAUGCCUGAGCCCGUCGUGGCUGCUGCCGCUGGGCAGGACGAUGAAGAGGCGGUGCUAGGGCCACCGGCAGAGGACUCCCACGGCGAGGACUCUUCGUCGCCGUUUGAGCACGUCGACUGGCCGGAGGUGGAGGUCAGGAGGGGCUCGGUGAGUAGGAUACAGGGACCGGAUGGGCGGCAGCUGUAUAGGAGUCCGACGGAUAAGACUGUUUGA